UUCUCCUGUAAAGUUGCCCCGGUAGAAUGAAGGAGGACAUUCUUGAAAGGAGUAGUAGAACGAAUGAGAAAUUCCGUUUACACAAAGGAUUCGAUAGAAAAUAUUUGCACAGGUAAACUUCACCUGCAGCCUUUCACUUAAGAUGGCCAGCCAGAACAAAUGCUACCACGAUGAGCCCAUGAGCUUCUUCUACAACAACAGCAACCAGACCAAAGCCGACUGGAACUCCACUCAGCUCAUUCUGUUCCAAGUUGUAGGCUCCCUCUUCUGCUGCUUUAUCCUGGUGUCCAAUGCCAUGGUCAUUGCUGCCAUCAUCACGAACAAGAGAUUCCACUACCCUUUCUACUAUCUCCUUGCCAACCUGGCCGCUUCGGACUUCCUCGCUGGAAUAGCCUACGUGUACCUCAUGUUCAACACUGGGACGGUGUCCAGGAAGCUAACCGUGAGGGGCUAUUUCAUUCGUCAAGGGCUUCUGGACACCAGUCUCUCAGCCUCUCUGGCGAACUUGCUAGUGAUCGCCUUGGAGCGCUACAUCUCUGUGAUGAACUGGAAGGUCCACAGCAACCUGACCAAGCGGCGGGUGACCCUGCUCAUCGUGCUGGUGUGGGCCAUCUCUAUCUUCAUGGGCACCGUGCCCAGCCUGGGUUGGAACUGCAUCUGCAACCUUCAGGAUUGCUCCCAGCUGGCGCCCAUCUUCAGCCGGAGCUACCUGAUUUUCUGGUCCGUGUCCAACCUGGUGGUGUUCCUGGUUAUGGUGUCCAUCUACCUGCGGAUUUACACCUACGUCAAGAGGAAAACGGCGGUGCUCAGCCCGCACACCAGCGGCUCCAUCAACCGCAAGAGGACACCCAUCAAGCUCAUCAAGACAGUCAUGACUGUGUUAGGGGCGUUUGUGAUCUGCUGGACGCCGGGCCUGGUGGUGCUGCUGCUAGAUGGCCUCCAGUGCCAGCAGUGCGAUGUGAUGCUCUUUAAGCGCUGGCUCCUCCUGCUGGCAGUACUCAACUCGGUCAUGAACCCUGUCAUCUACUCCUACAAGGAUGACGAGAUGUGGACCACCUUCAAGAACCUGCUUCGCUGCGUGGGCAAUGGCACCCGACGCCAGCGCUCGUCCAAGGCCAAUGCCCGGCCCCUCAGCUCAGCCCAGGAGACGGGCACCACGCCGCAGACCUCUGAGGAGAAGGAGACCACCAAGGGCUCAGACGCCCAGGGGAUGCUCAAGACCUGAACCAAGACCUGAGGCAAGCAAGGCCGUUGUGGGGGCGCCUCUACAAGUGGAUGUAAAGAGACAUAUAAAGACACAGAUGGGUCUUCUAUGGUCCAAUGUUGUCUUUAGUGUAGCUGACUGGCUUAAAGGGCCGCUCGAACUGGGUCUGGGCCUCUGUGGAGGAUUCCUAGAGGAGUUAAGGGCCAUCCCUACCCUGCUACGUUAGAAGAACCCCAAUAUGGGAUAUUAGCCUGCAAACUUAGUAGAUCCAAAUGGCUGAAGAAAGAUGUUGUGAUAUGAAGUAGACAGUGGUAUAGUGGUACAUUUCCUGUUUUUACCUCAAUAGUUCUUUUUUACAAUCUUGAAAAGAGUAACUGAUGCUUUUUUCCACCGUAUAACCUUUGUAAGUCUCAUCAUGGUUUUAAUCUUGCCCUUAUUUCCUUUUGAAAACAAGGUACUUGACGACAUUUCAUUGUAUUCCUAAUACAUUAUUGUGGUACUAUAGUACUAGGCUUAUUAGGGGUUAAAGAUAGUUUUUAAGUCUCAUACGGUUUUUUAAAGUCUCAUUGUUCCUGUUUCUGAUACACACAGGGAAUCAUAAGCUACUGUAUUUGGCUGCUAACAUACCCUGCAUGUUGUUUUAAUGAAUUGACAAAUUCCCUUGCUCUUGUCCCUUAUCUUAAAAUGUUUGCAGAUCUGAAGUGUCAGUGUAGUGGUGGAGCUUCCACCAUAUUGUGUUGCCUUACAAUCUGCUAACAUCGAAGGGUUAGGGCGAAAGAGGGUUAAUGAGGGACAAUUUUUUUGGAAACGGCUGUGGGACAGUCUCAUCUGCAUUGCUAAUGUCAAACUGCCCUAGACACACAGUAGAUGGCUAUUGGCACAAUUGUCAUUUUAAAGGAAGACCGUUAAGUCCACUUUGCUUUGACAGUCAGUGGUCCAUGCAGUACCCCAAAGGGAAGUCAUUUAUUUUGCCAGCUGCAUCAUCAGUUCAGUAGUCACUCCCUUUAACACUACUCAGAAAGUAUUCACAACCCUUGAUUUUUCCACAUUUUGUUGUGUUACAA